ACCUUUCAAGUUCCGGAUGAACAGUUACACCAAACAAAACAACUUGUUUGUCAUCCAAUGAUUCGGCGUUUUCUUACAACCAUGCCGCCGGUAAGCAAGAAAUUCGAUUUGAUAGUAAUUGGCGGUGGUUCUGGAGGACUUGCAAGUGCAAGAAGAGCUGCAGAAUUUGGUGUCAAGGCAGCAGUUGUUGAGGAGGGUCGAUGGGGUGGCACGUGUGUGAAUGUGGGGUGUGUUCCCAAAAAAAUUAUGUUCAACACCGCUUUGCACGCAGAAAUGUUACCGAAUUAUCGAGAUUACGGAUUUGAUGUGGAGAUGAAAAAGUUUAAUUGGAGUCAUAUAAAGUCUUCACGUGAUGCCUAUAUCAAAAGAUUGAAUGGUAUCUAUGAUUCCAACCUUGAUAAAUCGAAAGUAGAGAAAAUUCUUGGUCAUGCUACUUUGACACAAGAUAGGGGUGUUCAGGUUGGAAAUGAUACUUAUUCUGCUGACCAUAUCUUAAUUGCUACAGGAGGUAGACCAAUUUUUCCUGACAUACCUGGAGCUGAACAUGGUAUAAGUAGUGAUGGAUUUUUUGAGCUUGAAGAUCUUCCCAAGAAAACUAUAGUAGUUGGGGCCGGAUAUAUUGCUGUGGAACUCGCAGCCAUAUUUGCCUCACUUGGUUCAGAAACAUCGAUUUUUAUACGACAUGAUGAAGUUCUUAGAACAUUUGAUACUUGCAUUAGUCGAACAGUGACAGAGAAUCUUGAAAAUGGAGGGGUUAAAGUCCAUCGUCAAACCAAUGUCAAAUCUGUCCAGAAGGAAGCAAAUGGUAAAUUAACCAUUACAACUGUCGCAGGAGAUGUUCACAAGGAUGUGGAAUGCUUAUUGUGGGCUAUUGGUCGUAUACCCAAUACAGAUAACUUAGGAUUAGAGAAUGUUGGAGUAGCUUUAGACAAGAAAGGGAACAUACAAGUUGAUGAAUAUCAAAAUACGACAGCUGAUAAAAUCUAUGCACUAGGUGAUGUCUGCGGUAAAGCUCUGCUUACACCAGUAGCGAUAGCAGCAGGUCGACGCUUAUCGCAUAGAGUAUUCAACAAAGAAAGCAAUCUUAAACUGGAUUAUGAUAACAUUCCAACUGUGAUAUUUUCUCAUCCACCUACCGGCACCAUAGGACUGACGGAAGCCGAGGCUGAGAAGAAAUAUGGAAAAGACAAGCUUAAGGUUUACACCUCCAAUUUUACUCCAAUGUACUUUGCUGUUACCCAACAUAAAGAAAAGUGUCUUAUGAAGUUAAUUUGUGUGUUGCCGGAAGAGAAAGUUGUUGGCCUGCAUAUGGUUGGACAAGGAUGUGAUGAGAUGUUACAAGGUUUCUCUGUGGCAAUUAAGAUGGGUGCCACUAAGAAACAAUUUGAUGACACAGUAGCCAUACAUCCUACAUCAUCAGAAGAAUUAGUUACUAUGAGAUAGUCAAUCAAUAUCUAAUUAGAACAAAAAUUAACAUUUAUUCAAUUAAUUUUAACUAUGUCUUAACUAUAUUUCAAUUUAUUAAUUAAUUAAAUUUAUGCUUUUUUAUAGUUUCAUCAUUUAUCCUGUGAUUAUAAGCAACAGCCAACAUUUAAUAAAUUAGUAACUAUAGUAUCCCUAAUAUCUUAUCAAUAUUAUAUUUAAAUACAGAAAAUUGAGCCAGUGUUAUGUCCUCUAAUGAAUAGCUUUAGUGUAGUUAUCUCCCUUAUAUUUAUUAAACCAUAGACCUGAUUGAAAACUUAAGCUCAUAUUUUCGAUAGUGGGUUAGUGCUAAUCAUAGAUUUAAUCUCCGAUUUUCUGACCAGUCAUAUUCUGGAAGGCUGACUAAAUUUUAAACUCCGAUUUUUAUAAACUUUGAUUAGGCUAAUCAUUGAGUUUAUCAUUGUUUGAGAAUACAAUAAAAUGUGAUAUUCUGAAACUUUAACUUGUACUUAAUCAUUGAUUAUAUCACCUCAAAAAUUAGUCAUCUCAGGGGGCUAGUUUAAGGAAGGAUUAAGUGCAUGGAUAUGCCAUUAUGAUGCAUUCACUGUCUAUAGAAAUGGAUAUUUUUCAUAGAUUUCAGGCAAAUUGCACUUAUAUUAUGCCUUGAAAGCAACACAUCCACACUCACCAUAAAUUUUGUUUGAAAAGAUUUAUAAAAUAUUAUACAUUAU